AUGGGAAAAUCUGUUACAAUUGAUAAGUUUUUUCAAAGAAAGAGAGCAAAUGAACAUGAUCCAGCUACUCCUAUAACUCCAUCAACAAGAUCAAAUAACAAUGAUCUUCCAUCUGAAAUCCCCCCUAAAAGAUUCAAACAUGCAGAAAUAGAAGAGGUUGAUCUCCAUUCUUUAGAGCGUGAUCCAGGAUUGCGUCGACAAAUUUGGGAAUAUCAUCCUAACCAACGAGAGGAGAUUCGUCGAGCUUAUUUGAAUCUGAAGGCAUAUCAACCUAUUCUUCGAGAAUAUCCAUUAAAUAAAAAUAUUAAGCACCCUCGAAGAUUUCAGUCUGCUUGGUAUGAACAAUUUCCUUGGUUGGAGUAUUCACCAGCUAAAGAUAAGGCAUAUUGUUUUUCAUGUUUUAUCUUCAACAAGCCAUCAGGAUGCUUAAAUCAAACUGCAUUUACUGUUGAUGGAUUUGAUAAUUGGAAGAAAGUUCGAAAUGGAAAAGCUUGUGCUUUCCUAGGCCAUAUAGGGAAAGAUAAUGUAUCUUCACCCCAUCGUAAUGCUGAAAAGGCAUGUGAGGAUUUGAUGAACCAACCACAACAUAUAUCAAGGAGAUUCGACAAUUUUAAUGAUGAACAAGUCGCAGCUAAUCGUCUUCGGUUAAAAGCUCAUAUACAUGUGGUAUUGUUGCUUGCACUUCAAGGAAUUCCGUUUAGGGGCCAUGAUGAGAAAUCUAGUUCAUCUAAUCGUGGCAAUUUUCUUGAAUUUUUGGAUGUGCUAACUAUGUAUAAUGACGAACUUUCAAAAGCAAUUGCGAAAGCUCCAAAAAAUGCCAAGUAUACAAGUCAUGAUAUUCAGAAACAAAUACUUCAUGUGAUUUCCAUGAGAGUGAAAAAUGUAAUUCGUGAAGAAAUUGGAGUUGCCAAGUAUUGCAUAAUUGUCGAUGAAUCUCGAGAUGAAUCAAAAAGAGAGCAAAUGUCUAUAGUAUUGAGAUUUGUUGAUACUAAUGGAUUCAUUCAAGAACGUUUUUUUGGGCUUGUUCAUGUAUCUGAUACUACGGCUUUAACUUUAAAGAAUGUCAUAUAUUCUACUUUGGCUCACUAUAAUUUGGAUGUUCAAAAUAUUAGAGGUCAAGGUUAUGAUGGUGCUAGUAAUAUGAGGGGUGAGUUUAAUGGAUUGCAAGCUUUGAUUAUAAAAGAUUGUAGAGGUGCUUAUUAUGUUCAUUGCUUUGCUCAUCGGUUACAAUUGGCUUUAGUUGCAGCAUCAAAAAAUGUGACACCUAUUCAUCAAUUUUUUGAUAGAUUAACUUUUAUAGUUAAUAUUGUUGGUUCUUCAUGUAAGCGUAAUGAUGAAUUGAAGAAUGCUCAUGCGGAUGACAUUGCACAUUUGAUUGCAAUAAAUGAACUCGAGACAGGGCGUGGACUUAAUCAAAUAGGUACUUUACAACGAGCUGUUGAUACACGCUGGAGUUCUCAUUUGAGAUCAUUGAAAGGCCUAAUUAAGAUGUUUAGUGCAUCGUGUACGGUAUUGCUCAAGGUUAUGGAUGAUGGGCUUCCUUCUCAACGAGCAGAUGCAACAUCUGUUUAUGAUGAAAUGACUUCUUUUGAUUUUGUAUUCAUCUUGCAUCUUAUGAAUGAGAUUAUGGGGAUCACAGAUAUUCUUUGUCAGGCUUUACAAAGUAAGUCUCAGGAUAUUAUAAAUGCAAUGGAGCUGGUAUUAUCUACUAAGAAUUUACUUCAACAUAUGCGAGAUAACAAAUGGAAUGAUUUGCUUGCAAAAGUGAAAUCUUUUUGUGAACUUCGAAAUAUUGAUAUUCCUGAUUUCAAUGCUUCAUAUAUUGAUAGACGAGGACGAGCCCGCGUUCGUCAAGACAAUUUCACCAUUGAGCAUCAUUAUCAGGUAGACCUCUUUUAUGCUUCUAUAGAUUCAUAG